AUGUCGAGACCAAACGCCGGCGCCCUAGCCGUCACCCUUUUCCUCACCACAGCCGCGAUCGCCUACGCGCGAACAGGAACCGUCCAACAGUCCCUCGAAUCCCUCCCCGCAAACACUUCCCUAGUGAUCGCUCUCUUCUCUUUCCUAGGCGGUGCCAUGGAAUCCAUUCGCUCAAAGUCGCCCGCUGCGUUUCUCCUCGGCCACAUCUUUAGCGCGGUCUACAUCCUUAGCUUUGCGCGCCUCCGCGCAGGCCAGCCCUCUGGUGCCGAGAUUGGACUAUUUGGAUCUUUUGCUUUAGCUGGUAUUCCGAUUUUGGCGGAUGCAGGGUGGCAUCUGGUUCCUAAGGAAUUGGGAUACGUGGGGGGUUAUGGGGUUGCGGUGUUUGCGAAUGCGUAUGGGGGUGUUGGGCUGGCUGUGACUUUGCUCUUUUCGCUGGUGCUUUUGGCCUUUAGGGAUGAAAUUAGACAGAUACGGAAUCGGGUGGAUGAGCACAUGUGA